CAGCCCUACUCAAAAGUUAGUAAACCUGAACGCAGCCAAUAAGUAGAAGGAAAGUGACAAGCCGUUGUACGAAUAUAAUUAUACGGAUCUUUCUUUUUAAAUAAGCCAUCAUGUUUUUACUCAAACCAAACACUAAGAUUCUGAUUAUUGUAGAUUUUAAUAAAAUCAAUGAAGCAAAUGAUUUUGUCCAAGAAAUAACUCAAACUACAAAUUUUUCUACUAAAAUCACGGUUACUCAUCCGACAGAAGUACAAAAAGUGCUCAGCGGUUGUGAAAACUCUGAAUAUGAUUUAAUAUUGUCAUUUACCUCAGAGCUGACUUCUUUAAAUAAAUUGUUACUAGUUCUAAAACCUGGUUGCCCAAUUUUAUUACAUAAACUGGUAGAUCCUCUGCAGAUAGACAAAAUCGAAGAACUAUGUGCUGAUAAAAUUACUAAACUGAAACUUAGUGGUUUUCGUUUCAAGGAAAUUGUUACCUCCGAUUUCACUUCUAAAUGGGAACUUUCAAAAGUUUUUUCAACUUUUAACGAAAGUUUUAAAAUUUGUCAAGUUAUUGGUGAAAAACCAUCUUAUGAGAUUGGGUCAUCAGUAGCUUUUCAACCUACAAAAAGUCUGACUUCUGUUUGGAAAUUGGAAAAUAUUGAUGAUGACAUCAUAGAUGAGGAUGAUAUUUUGGAUGAUGAGGAUAAAGCAAAACCAGAUUCCAGUUCCUUAAAGGUGUGUGGCACAACGGGCAAACGCAAGGCAUGUAAGGACUGUACAUGUGGUUUGGCUCAAGAAUUAAGUGAAGCUAAACUUGAUUUGAAAGAUCAAAAGUCAUCAUGUGGAAAUUGUUAUCUUGGUGAUGCUUUUCGUUGUGGCAGCUGUCCUUAUCUCGGAAUGCCAGCCUUCAAAACAGGUGAAAAAGUCCUUAUACAAGAAACUCAACUAAUUAGUGAUAACUAAAUUAUUUUUUUAUUUGUACUUCUUUAUUUAAAUAUGGUUAACUAUUAUGAAAAUGUAAAAAAAUUAUUAAUAAACUAUUGUUCAUAACUAACGUUGA